AUGAUGAGGUACAAAGUCAAAAUAGGAAAAUUCAUAAAAAUGAAUUUCCCUCAUUCCAGCAGNUCUAUCUCUCAACAUGAAGAUGCUUUGCCCGUUGACUGGAGCGUACGCCAGUCACGUUCCAAGACGAUGACGGUUAAGGCUAUGACUAGUACCACCACUAGGGCCAGCCCCACCACUCCGCUUUCAUGGAGUGGCGCCGAAUCUCUCAGCGGCGGUGCUGGUGGUGGAAGUGCAAGUGGAGGCACCGUCGAUGGCGGUUUCGAAGAGUCCAGCCGUCCUCUUCACAAACGCUCACACACAACAAGAUCUAAGCUGGAUGGCGGUGGUUUGUCUCCUCGUUCGCCGACGACUGAUUCAUUCAAGUCUCGUGUCAUUUGA